AUGGGAGUCGGGAUCUCUUGGGGAACCAUCAAAUCCCUCUUGAUCUUCUUUGGUCCAAUCAUUGUUCCACGGUUGAUUGGAGCCUACCGUUCCCUUCGAGUCUCUAUUGCUAGUCGCCCACCACCGCGUCCUCUCCCUGUCACCGCAAAUCGAGCACUGAACCUCUUGUUUGCAAGCAUCGUCUUAUUCCUCAUUUUGAGCUUACCUUUCAACCCUCAUGCGCCCGAACCCAGCGUCUUUGGUCUCACUCGCUCACGAAUAAAUACCCCGAUCGAUGUGGUCUUCCACCGGCUGACCAGGCUUCGGCCUGAUGGUUUGUUAACCAAUGCGGACAUCUUGCUUCGCGACAAACUUACCUCCCUCGGCGCCCGCAAGGUCUACCUUACCUUUGGCUCCGAUGCCUUGACCUCUUGCCAAUACUGCUCUUUCGAUAACCUCUAUACCUACCUUCUAUACUACCUCCCUGCGAACGUGCUCCGACCGCAUCUCCUUCAUCUCCUCAUCCUCGCCGUUGCCACAUCCGCACCAUUUGGCGGACGGGAAUCUAGCCGCUGGCGCACGAAAUUUACCCUCGCUGGUCUGGCAUUAGCUGCCCUGGACCUGUAUGUAGUUGCGACAUACGAUGCUGUUAAAUCGGCAUCCCCCGCUGUGCGGGCUGGUCAGAUCCCUCCAACUGGUCUCUAUAACCUCAUGGCCCUUUUGCGCCCACUUGCUUUCACCGUCUGCGACACCUUAUGCGCCAUAAUCAUCUACCUCUCGGCUACCAAUCGAUUCUUCUUUAAGCCACCCUCUACAGUGGAACAUCUUGACCGGGCGGUUUCGGUCGCAUUGGAGGCAGUCACCGGCGCCAACUCAAAACUUCACGCGGCCAAUGUGGCUCGUAAUGCCGUUGUGCGGGAUAAGGCGCUGAAAUCGCGGGACGAUCUUUAUUGGCAGACAGUGGUGGCUGUGGAGAGCAAUGGGAACGGUGGCUCUUCCGAAAGAGGAGCGGUGGUGAACAACAUCUGGGAGGAGGAGGAAGUGGCUCGAGCCAUGUCCCAGACGAUGGCGGGACAAGGAGGAGUGGAUUUGGCGCAACUUGGCAUGAAUGCUAAUGAUUUUGUCCGCGGAGUGACCGAGGGUUUGGAUUAA